AUGACGAUUGAGAAAACGGAGGUUUUGAUACAAGAAGUACAAUCUACCAAUAAUCUUACUAAUGAUCUUUUUAAAUUUGAUUGGCCACCAAAGUCACAUAACGAGAUAUGUGAGAAAGAAGAAAAGCACGAACCAUUAGUAAAAUCCGCAACAAGUAUCAAAGAUAUUCCAAUUCAAAUACUAAAACAAAUAAUAUCCCACACCUGCGUGAUCACAAAUAAGAGACGAAUCUCUUCGCUAAGACAACAUUCCCCUAAACUUACCCUUUGGAUGAGAUGUCAAACUCAUCUUGGUACAGUUAUCAACUUGGAUAUUCCACUACAACGAGGAGGCCUAAAUAAUAAAUACGUAAUUGAAUUCUUUACUCGCGUGAAUCACGAAUUUGAAAAACCGAUAUUUGUGGAAAGUUAUAGAUCCAUAGAUUUUUAUUAUGUUUUUACUUACUGUGAUGAAGGGAAGAAAAGUUUUAGAAAGGAAAUAGAAAUUUCGAGGCUUUCUAUGAUUUCUGGAAAAAUCAUUAAUCCAUGUGUUAAUUCUGAUGUUGUAAUGAUAGAUUUAGACUUUGCUUUUCAGUAUAUACCAUAUGAACCUAUGACUUUUAGAGUGAAAGCUAUAAGCUUCAGUCCAAUUUAUGUGUUAGAUUGGUUCAAUGUUGAAUAA